UGGCAAUGCGUUGUGGCUAGACGGAGAGAACACUGUCGCAAUCUUAGGCUAUCUCUAGUAAGCCAUGUUUAAUGCUUGGCUCGUGCCUUUUGCUCAAGCUCCUUCUAACAUACAGGUGCAAGUCCGGGGAUCAACAAUGACUAUAUUAAGAUGAUCAGGAAGAAUCGCGAAUGCUUUAAUCUUCAAAGUUCCAUAGACUGUUUAGCAUACUUUUGAAUAAUGACGCAACGGGUCACCUUUGAACCAUGCAUGGUGCAGAUGGCAGUCUCUCAGAUCACUCCCACCUUGUAUCUCAGUGGCAUAGAUGCUGCAUUGAACCGCGCAGCAAUCACCAGCCGGCACAUCACUCUCAUUGUGAAUGCCACGGUGGAACACAUAAGCCCUGAUUACACUGGUGUAGAGUGCAUACGUGUACCCGUCCUCGACCAACCCCACGCUUCAUUGUCAGAGCACUUUGACCCAGUGGCGGAACGCAUCCAUGACAACAAGACUGGCAAAACUCUGGUGCACUGCACUGCUGGCAGGAGUCGAUCAGCUUCUCUUGUCAUGGCGUACCUGAUGAAGUUCAAAGGGGCCACGCUUCUCCAAGCUCACCACUGGGUUCUGGAGGCCAGGCCAUUCAUUCGACCCAACGCUGGGUUCUGGCGACAGCUCCUGGAGUACGAGCGGAGACUUCAUGGGAAGAACUCUGUCAGGAUGGUUGCCACGUCCCUUGGGGUUUUACCAGAGGCUAUAGAUGUGAAUAAGGGGUCAGAGUAUUGUCUGAAUGUGUGACUGAACUUGGACUAAACCUUUUCUAGAAUAAUUAAACCACACUGUCAAUA